CUGACGCUGUGUGGUGCCAGGGGAAGGCACUGGGAGCAGCAGGCUGGGUAGGGCGGACUGUGGACGGCUGGAGUCUUCAAGCUCCAAGUCGGCGAGACGGCUGCCUCAUGGUGAACCGGUUUCUAAAGCUGGGUGGACUGUGGCAUCCUGGAAUGCACAACUUCGGGAGCGAUGUAUUUGCAGCUUUUAUCUGAGAAGGCACACUUCAAAGGACGGGGAUGGCUUUUGAGCAGACACUCAAAAAGGAUUGGUACAGCAUUCUGGGGGCAGACCCAUCUGCAAAUGUGUCAGACCUAAAACAAAAAUAUCAGAAACUCAUAUUACUGUAUCAUCCAGAUAAACAAAGUACAGAUGUGCCAGCAGGAACCAUGGAUGAACGUAUGCAGAAGUUCAUUGAAAUUGAUCAAGCAUGGAAAAUUCUAGGGAAUGAAGAAACCAAAAAAAUGUAUGACCUGCAGCGGCAUGAAGCUGAGCUAAGACGUAUGGGGCCAGUAGAUGCACAGGUGUACCUUGAAGAUAUGUCCUGGAACAAAGAUGAUGAGUCUUUCUCUCUGACUUGCCGAUGUGGUGGAAACUACACUGUCUCUAAGGAUGAAGUAGAAGAAGUGAACCUGAUUUGUUGUGAUACUUGCUCACUGAUUGUAGAACUUCUUCACCAGCAAUGAACUGUGCACUCUCGUGAUCCUUUACAGUCAGCAUAGUCCAGAGGGCACUUGGUUUCAGGGAGACAGAUGCUUUCUUACUAGCUGUAUAAUUUACUAAGAUAAGAUCUUCAAGCAAAGACCACUUCAGUUUAACAAAUUCAGUUGUUUACAUGUAUAAUUACAGGAUAUCACAAAAAGGACUUGGAUUAUAUUUCUGGAUUUUAAACAACUUUUGUUUUCUCCUUGGUUCAAAAUAUUUCUUAUUUUUAUAUAGU